CGCCCCCAGCCUCAAAGUGACGGUUUUUUUUGGGUGCUGCGGAUUGCAGGCUUGAAAAAUUCGGUAUUAACUAAUAUGUCAAAAUAGUUCCCUGUCUGUGAUUAUCGCCUUAAUUAUGACUGAAACUGACCUGGCUCUGGCAAGCCAACAUGUCACCUCUGAUAAAACACCAGUUCAGCUGCUUUACGAGUAUGGCACAAAAACUGGCAGUGAGCCUUUUUACAUGAUGGAGAGAGCAGAUGGAGAAGCUCACCAACCGCUCUUCAUCUUUAGUGUUACCAUUGGGGAUGUCACCUGUUCAGGCCACGGGCUCUCUAAAAAAGCUGCUAAACAGGAGGCUGCGAGGGCGGCUUUGAAAACACUGGAUUUAGACGUUGAAAAUAGCCCUAAAAGUCAAAGGAUUGAAAAUAAUGACUGUGGUGCUGAAGCAAACGACCAGCCUAAUCCAGUAGGAAUACUGCAGGAGCUGGCGAUGCAGAGGUCAUGGCGUCUGCCAGUUUACAUCGUAUGUUCAGAAGCAGGUCCAGAUCAUAAAAAAGAGUUUACGGUUAUUUGCCGUUUGGAGACGCUCUCAGAAAAAGGUACAGGCAGCUCUAAAAAGAAUGCCAAAAGAGUAGCAGCAGAAAAGAUGUUGGAAAAACUACAAAGUCGCUCAGGGUCUACUGAGAUUAGAUGGAAUCCAAAGCCACAUGUAUAUUUGGAGAACUUGAGGAACUCGGAACUAGAGAAGAUUUUGUUACUGAAGAGAAAUCCGCUCAGUAUUCCCAACACGGAUUAUGUACAGACGAUGCUGGAGUUAUCUCAGGAGCAGGGCUUUGAGGUCACAUAUUUUGACAUAGGUGAACUUACAGUAAAUGGGCAGUACCAGUGUUUGGCUGAGCUGUCCACUGUGCCAGUUACCGUAUGUCAUGGUACAGGAAUCUCCUGCAGUAAUGCACACAAUGAUGCAGCUCAUAAUGCCCUGCAGUACAUUAAGAUUAUGGCCAGCAGCAAAUAAUCACCUGCUAAGCUUUAAGUGAAGCAUCGAUUUGAAACAAAUUUGAUUCAAGUCUAUAUGUGUGCUCUGACCUACUGUGAGAAAUUAAUUAAUUUAUAUAUUUAUUUUCUUUCUGAAUGGCGUGUGAUGUCUAGGCAUCAUGGAAUGCUGUCCAGGAGUGGGGUGUGUGUGUGUGUGUGUGUGAAAGAGAGAGUGCGAGAGAGAGUUCUGAGUGUUGUAUGUAAUUUUCCCUCAUCAAAGCCUCAAG